AUGACUUGCUCCUCAUGGUUCUCAUCGGACGCGUUGCGUCUACUGGAGACCCGCAAUCGGCGUGAAGUAGAUGCAUUCAGUGACUUAAUUACAUCGCAUCAACAACUCCUUUUCCGCUCUGCGUUGUAUGCGAGCUCGUCAUCUCUGAGUGCGUCUCAGCGGCUUCCAGGUCAUCAGGAUCAAGACGAUGCGACGGUGCAGAGGUACCUUGCGUCAAUUCAGAGACUUGAGCGAGAGCUGACAGAUAAAAAUGCACAGCUGGCAAGCUAUGCAGGUCAGCAAUUGGCUUUGGUGAGUGAGAGCAAGACACUGCUGCAAGAGCGUGAGCAGUGGGAGCAGCAGCUGCUGAUGAUGACUAAGCGAUUGGAAGAGGAGAUAAUGCUUAGCCACGAGAAGGAUGUAGCGAUAAACGAACUGAACGAUACGCUGUUAACAAUUAAAGAUGAAUUGGCUAGGCACAGGAUGCUGCUGGAACAGAGUGAGGCUGAAGGGGUCAAACUUAGGAAGCGAAACGCCGAAUUAGAGACGCAGGAGAAAAGCUCGUUACUGCAUGAAUGGGUUCAGGCCACUAGUGAAGAGAAAAGCUUAGGACAUCUAUCGCCUGCUAUGGUGGCAAUGGCUACACAGGAAGCAGCAGAGAGUCUGGGUCGUGUGGUGCUGAACGAGGAUGAAGAACAGGGUGUUCGAAACCAAACCACGCUUGUGACUCACGUGACGCAUUCCAUACGCGCUCAUGCAACAGAGGUAAACUCCGUGUGCUUUAAUACAUCAGGCAAAAUUUUAUUCAGUGGUAGCAGUGAUGGGACCGUGAGAGCUUGGGAAGCGGAGAGAUCACAAUUGACGCCUCCACGAGCACUAGGAGAGUACAGAGGAGUGGGUACUGCUCACCCGCUACUUUGUGUAAGAGCAUCAGAGGAUGGUGGUUUUGUGUUGGGGACAGGGUGCGAUCGGAAAUGCUUCGUAUGGAGAGUAGGUACUGGACGCGUUUCGCAGACACUGACAGGGCACAAAGGCAAAGUGCUUGCGGCCGAAUUUUCGCCUGUUGUGCCACACCAAGUGAUCACUGGUUCUUCAGAUCGCAGUCUACGUGUAUGGGAUAUCAUGCGUGGCGUGCGGCUGCAGACGGUAAGCUGCGUAUCAAGCUGCAACGAUAUUGCAGCACCCUCUGGAACUGAUGCAGCAUUCGUUCAAUUCGCGAGUGCGCAUCAAGAUGGCGCAGUCCGCUUUUGGGAUACGAGGGUAGUACGUUGCGUACAGGAGCUUCCAUGUGUUCACACAGAGCAGAUAACAUCGGUGAGUUUGGGUGGCAACAACUUGCUUACGAAUUCUCGCGACCAUACCUUAAAGGUCAUCGAUCCUCGGACUUACGGGGUUUUGCGUGAACUGAAGCAUAAAGAAUAUCAGUGCGGGUUUGACUGGGGAAAGGCCUCAAUAAGCCCUGAUGGACGUUUUGCUCUUGCUGGUGGUGCAUCUGGUUGUAUCUUUAUCUGGAAUGUAGGCUCUGGAAAAGUUGAGACGCAGCUUGCACCUGGACCUACAAGCCAUUACGGUGCCGUGGCUUGCUGCGUCUGGCGUCCUGACGGCCAAGGCGCUGCUUCAUGUGAUAAGAACGGUAUGGUGGCCUUGUGGGAGUAA